AUGGUCAGACCGCUACAGCCUCGGCGCCACCAGCAGCCUCGAGGCAAGACCUACGAUAGCAAGCAGAUUUGGGUAGAAAGCGGUCAUGACACUUUGCAGGAGUGUGCGAACAACUGCUUCUGGAUGAACUGCAAAUUCUUCGAGUUUCGUCGAGAGUGGCGGAGUUGCAUAUGGUGCUUCAACCACAAUGCAGAGGGCACAGAUGUGUCGCCUGGCUGCAGCGGGAUUAUCGGUUAUCGCUUCUCUUCGCAGGAGGGCGGGCAGUUCGGGAUUCCGAGGCUCGGCACCCAGGACUCCCGGCGCCGCGCCUGGUCGGCCAAGGCGGAGGGAGGAAUCUACCGCUUGAACACGGACAUGCAGGAGUACCUGAAAGACCGCGUGAAAGGCGGUCCGAACUGGAAGCUCCUGAUGUCGGAUGGCAGGAGAUGCAAAGGUCAGGUCUUCUACACCACGAGUACCAUCAACUCCUGGCGCAUGACGGGAGCCAACGUCCAGCAAUGUGCUGACCACUGCUCCUCCCUGCGCACCAAUGGUCCUGGGGGCAACUGUACCUACUUCGGGCUCCUCUACGAAGCCAGCUGGACUCACGAGGUCCGAUGUGUUACAUUCAACAACAAUGUGGGCGACGUUCCGGAGACGAAGCCGGAGGGCUUCGACAACUGUGAGCCGGAGGUCACGAACUCAGUGGACGACCACCGUGGUCGCUAUUGGGUCGUGUUCGAGCUCACAAGGCAGGACACCCCGGCAGGGCCACGCCGCACUCGCCGCCUCCAAGUGGUCUCUACCCCGGAGGCUGUAGCCAAUGCAGAGUGCGAGCCCAAAGCUUCGGAGCAGUCGAUGUACCUAGCUCUCGACCCUCCAGAAAGGCGUCCGAUGAUGGAAACGAUCCGCACAGACGUCGUGAGGGGUCCCUUCGGAAUGGAGGACGUGCGUUAUGCGGACCCUGCCGACAUGAAGGCGGUGGAUCCCGAGGCGCCCUUCAAGAAUGCCGCAGAGGCUACCGGCAAGCAUGGCUUCGUGGAAGAGAUCAUGGGAUUUUUUGUCGCUCCGUUCGAUGGCCACUACUCCUUCCUGACAUGGGGAGAUGUGCGGCAGGAUAUUUGGCUGAGCACGUCGACUGACCCUGCGGACACGAUCAAGGUUGCUGAACGGAUCGACAGCCAGCCGUGCAGGACGGGCGACACCCGGCGACGCAACAGGUACCUUGGGUGCAGCAUGUUCUACAACAAGAGAGGCCACACCUCUCCCUGGCACGGACACAUUGGAACUGAGCUCAAGGACAGCCACGGUUUCGCUGGGAACCCAACGCUGGGCUUCCGCACACCCACAGAGGUGACAGUGCCACUGAAGCAAGGAGAGCGGCGCUUCUUCGUGAAAAGAACGUCUUUGGCCGAAUCCUACCGGAAAAACUUUGAUAUUCGUCGCCGUCGUCGCUUCCGCACCUACACCGGCCUGCGCAUCCACAAGCCAGAUCUGAGCAGCCUCACGCCUUCGCAGCAGGAGCUUCUAGCCCAGCGCAAGAGCUGGCCAGAGAUGGUGCUCCUCAAGAGGAUCAUCUCAAAGGAUGGCGGGCAGUGGCGCAUUGGCCUGCGCGAAGCUCGUGAUGAUGAGCCCACGUACACGAAUUGGAUCGGCUGGAACUUCAAUGAUUUUCAUGUGGUCGAAGCGCUGAACGCGGUGGUGAUGCCAAGUGGGACACAGGUUCAUGCAGAGAUGUGGUGGAUGAACAACUAUAACAGUGGCGAAGAGUCCGUGACCGAGUACAUGAUCACGUUCUUACGCCCUCUGGGAAACCUGCCCGAGCUGCUGAUCGAGUACGACAUCAUGCGAAGCCGGGUCGAGGUCCAGACGAUCAUGCACGGGAAUGCGGAGGAUCUCUUCAUUUGGCCCCUCUCCGCCAAUCUCUUUGAGGUUCCAGCUUUGGAGCCCUCGGCCACCUUGGCGGCCACCGGGAUCCGGGCGCAGUACACCACUCGAGUGGAGCCGGCCCUUCGAAGCUUGGUUGCUUUUGGAAGUCGCUCUCUGGAUCCGGCAGGGCAGAACUCGGAAUCCGAAGGAAGGCUCAGCGAUGCGAGCGCGGGGAAUGUCUCGGAGGAUACGGACUUGGCAGAUCCCGAGGCACCCAUGCCGUUCCCCUGCACCAUCGGUGCCUUCAACGACACCAUGUGCGGAGAUUCCAUGGGCUGCCAGUUCGAGCCCACCCAGUCAGGGGUGACCAACAACGAUAUCCUGGACCUUUACCAGCUCUACGACACUUGGGAGGAAUGUCAGCAGCGUUGCUGCCAAGAUCAGGACUCAGUCAGCUUGGUUCAGACUGCAUGCGUCAAGCGUAGCAGCAACAGAAGUUGCAGUCACAGUUAG